AUGGCUGACGAGCGAGGCGAUAACGGCGGCGGGGUGGAUCGAAAUCUGUAUCUCAGUCUUCCUUCCUUGCCUCGAUUGGAAAACCGCGAUCUUGGCCCCGAACUGACCGUCAGCUCUGUGCGCUCGCCAUGGUCGCCCUUCGUCCACGCCUCUGCGCUUUACUCCCCAUCAAACGCGUUGUCGACGCCGGACCUACUGCCCGCCGAUCCCCUUCACGCUGCCGAUCCCGCCUUCGUUUACAACUUCUCUUCCUCUCAAGAGCCUAAUGCAGCUACUCCGGAAUCGCAGCCACUUGAUGGACCCUCGACUGUACCUAAUGUUCUUGGGCACGAACCAUUCGCUCGGCCUUCGGCGCGCCACAGUGAUUCUCAAACUCCCAGCUCGCCGCCACCUCAAUCCUUCCCGAGAUCCGGACAUGGCCGAGUCGAAUCAGUCUCUGCACAUAUUCGUCUGAGUGAGCUCACUGCCGACGGUAAUGCGCUCUCCGUGCAACAGGAGCUCCGAGAACACCCGGAGUACCGCUUCCAGUUGCUGAUAGAGCUGUUGCGAAGUCCAAGACCAGCCGCCAAUGCCCUGGGUUUCAAUUCCGAUGGGCAUUCCUUGACCAGCCCAGAAAGGCUACUGCAUGAUAUCAUGCAGCCCCAGAGAGCAAUGGAGGAUGCCAAAAAGGUUACAGAAGGCAAUGGCGUGGAGGACCUCGAGAAGAAAAAUGAAGGCAUCGCUGCAGCUAAUUUCGAGUGCAACAUUUGCUAUGAACUCGCCAAGGCUCCGGUGGUUACUCCGUGUGGUCACCUGUAUUGCUGGUCUUGUUUGUACCAGUGGCUCCAUGCUCAUUCUGUAAACUCUGAAUGCCCUGUUUGCAAGGGUCAGGUGCUCGAAGUCAAUGUAACCCCAAUCUAUGGUCGCGGGGGCGAAGCAUCUAAAGAUGAUAAACAGCAUGGAUUUGGGGAAUCAAAUCUGAAAAUACCUCCUCGGCCGCCGGCUAAUAGAGUAGAGAAUUUGAGACUGUGGUCGUCGAGGGAAAGACUGGAAGAAAAUAUCGCAAACUCAUGGAGGAAUAAUGUGGAUGAGGAAACACAUGCUGGAAAUUGGCCAUUAAGGAGAAGGUAUGUAGCUGCACGAACGGUGGUCAGGAGAAGGCCGGCACAAAAUUUGCAGAGGGAAGAGGGGAGCGGGUCGAAUUCUGCCGGAGUCAUCUUGCGUGUAAAUGCAUCAUCGCACCCAGUUAUUCCGACUGCAAUUGUUCCCGGCGGACAAGCUGGAUUACCAUCUUCUUCUCGUAGUCCUGAACCCUCAAGGCACAGUGCAGGAUCAUCAGCUUCGAAUGCUAUUGCCGCAUCCCUCGGAGGCACUACCAUUGCUAGCCCUUCUGCAGAGCCCAUUACAGCAAUGUCAUCUAGCUCUGUCAGAGGAAGAGCAAGAGCGAGGAAUCCGACGUUGGCUUCCUCGAACGCCGGUGGUGUUCAUCAUAUGCGGAGAAGGAUGCACUGA